AUGUUCUUUGAUAAAGGAGCGAGGAAGACGAAGGCGAGCCGAGAAGCCACCCGUGGAGAAUUUGAAUUAUUCGUGUAUGAUAUAUAUGAGCUCACAGAGAUCACAGAUAUUUGGAACAAAGAGAAGUUCACUGAACAUGUCAAGCAAUACCUGGGAUUCACAAUCCUACAAAUUUCAGGUAAAUUCAAAGAUAAACCAAAAGCUGGAGUAUUGUAUCAGCGAAUGCAUGGCUUGUAUUGGUGGGCAGUCAGAUUUAUACCAGGAUUCCUAAAUGACUACGGAAUGUGGCAUAGUAUCAUCACCGACCACAUUGCAUGGCUCGCCGUUCAUCAUGGAUUGGCAACUGAAAAUAGGCAGAAGAAUAAUUUAGGCGAUACUGAAUUGGAAGUAAUGUAUAACUAUUCAAUCAAGCAAGCCGACAGCAACCUUCUCCAGCAUUAUUUCGCAUAUCUUGUCACCUUCAUCACCAGUGUACGCCCAGGCAGUAUCACUGUAUGCCCCAACUAUGAGGCAAACAAAGAGAAGGGUAUCCUCAUUGACGAAACAUUAAGAUGGAGUGAUGUGGAGUUUUACGUGUAUCCAGGCAAUCGAGGUAUCGCGGUGCGAAUAUUUUUCCGGUUCGUCAAAGGAUAUCGCGAUCCACAUGGAAAAUCUAGAUUCGACCCGCAGAGAACCUUUACAUUCUUACCAAUAAAAACAACCCGAUAUCACUUGGAUGCCGCCUUUGUGCUAACUGGCUUGGCUUUCCAACGCGGGCUCUUUGGACCUGAGUUCCCGACGAUUGAGUCAUUGCACCUUUGCAAGACAUUUCAUAUACCAAAGGUCGAUGCUGUAAAUGCCAACCCUGUCUUACUACAAACCACUAAAGGCGAUUAUCUUUUCGAAAAUGUCGCUAUGAGAGAGCCUGCAUUGAACCCGCGAUUGCAAACAACGCUCUCAGCUCUAGGGUUUUUUCAGUACUUCACCAUGUAUUCCUUCCGGAGGACCGCCAUCGUCGACACUAGACAAGUCGAGGGGACCGAAGAAGCACGAGAGUUGACAAUCCAUAUUUCGAGCACCGCUAGCAUAUAUGCGUAUGAUAAAGUCGCUAUGGCCGACAAAGACAUUACAUCAGUAAGGUUGGGAAUCAAUGGAGAUGACCAAAGCAAAACGACAAAGAUCUCAUUUCCUCGCUGA